GUAUGAACAUGUUGGUGACGUCACGGCCACAAUAUUAGAAACAGCUGUUGAAUGUCUACGUGUGUGUAAACGCGCGCAUGCGCGUUGCAGCGCGCGCGUCUUCGCUUCGUUAACUAGCAACAAGCAGAGCCGGACGCUCGUGCUCGUGCUCGUGCUCGCGGUCCCGUUCCCGCGCGACUCCCUGUCUUGUCCUCCGCCUCGGGACCGCGCGUGAGCAUCAAGGACAGGCGCGAGCGAGCUCGCGAGCAUCAUCGGGUCAUUCGCGCGCAGACAAGAAGGCGCGGGAAUCAACAGGACGGAGCGCGCGAGAGGAGCCAGCAUGUCAGCGCGGUUGUGACGCGGACGACGAAGGAGGAGAAGAAGAAGAUGAUUGACGACAUUGAAGCAGCAAAGCAGAUGAUCAACCUGUGACGUCACAACCAACAAGCAGCCGUUUGGACUUUUAUUUUGAAAGCAGCGUCUUAAAGAUGGAGGUGCGCGGUGCGCUGCUGCUGGCGGUGCUGCACUGCAGCUCGGUGGCGUUGUGCGGCUGCGAGCCGCGGCUGGUCAACGUGGGCGCCGUGCUGAGCCAGAAGCGCUACGAGCAGGUGUUCAAGGAGGCCGUCAGCCACGCCAACGCCCUCUACGGCCGCGACAAGUUCAAGAUGAACGCCAUCUCCGUCACGCACAAGCCCAACGCCAUCCAGAUGGCGCUGUCCGUCUGCGAGGACCUCAUCUACAACCAGGUGUACGCCAUCCUGGUGAGCCACCCGCCUCAGUCCAACGACCACCUGACACCCACGCCCGUCUCCUACACGGCGGGCUUCUACCGCAUCCCCGUGGUGGGCCUGACCACGCGCAUGUCCAUCUACUCCGACAAGAGCAUCCACCUGUCCUUCCUGAGGACGGUGCCGCCGUACUCGCACCAGGCCAACGUCUGGUUCGACCUGAUGCGGGAGUUCAGGUGGAACCACAUCAUCCUCAUCGUCAGUGACGACCACGAAGGGCGAGCGGCGCAGAAGAGACUGGAAACGCUGCUGGAGGAGAAGGAGACUAAAACUAAAAUCAGGAACUAUGAAAACGUGGACCACCACAACUUUGACUUCAGGAGAACGCCUAAGGCCGAGAAGGUCCUGCUGUUCAAUCAGGACACCAACCUGACCUCUCUGCUGCUGGAGGCCAAGGACCUGGAGGCCCGAGUCAUCAUCCUGUCUGCCAGCGAGGACGAAGCAGCAGGUGUUUACAAAGCAGCUCGGCAGCUCAACAUGACGGGUUCUGGUUACGUUUGGAUCGUCGGUGAGAGAGAAAUGACCGGAAAAGCUUUGAGUGAAGCUCCAGACGGCCUGCUGGGUCUGCAGCUGAUUAAUGGUAAGAACGAGUCGGCCCACAUCACGGAUGCCGUGGCGGUGGUGGCGCAGUCGCUGCAGGAGCUCUUCGAGAAGGAGAACAUCACGGAGCCGCCGCGAGGCUGCGUGGGAAACACCAACAUCUGGAGGACGGGACCCCUCUUCAAAAGGGUGCUGAUGUCAUCAAAAUAUCCCGACGGCCUGACUGGACGAAUCGAGUUCAACGACGAUGGCGACCGACGCUUCGCAACCUACAGCAUCCUCAACUACCUCCAGAAACCCGGACGCCUCGUCCCUGUUGGGAUCUUCAACGGAUCUCAGGUGGUGAUGAACCCCCAGAGGAAGAUCAUCUGGCCUGGUGGGGAGACUGAGAGGCCAAUCGGUUAUCAGAUGUCAACCAAACUGAAGAUUGUGACCAUCCACCAGGAGCCUUUUGUGUAUGUGAAGCCAACAAAGGCUGACGGCACGUGCAAAGAGGAGUACUCCGUCAAUGGUGUCCUCAUCAAGAAGGUCAUCUGCACUGGACCCAACGGGACCAUCCCAGGUGAGAAUAAGCAGCCCAGCAGGUGUGACCUUAUGUGCACAUACGUGUGUGUGUGUGUGUGUGUGUGUGUUGCAGGGCAGCCCAUAGUUCCCCAGUGUUGCUAUGGUUUCUGCAUCGACCUUCUCAUCAAGCUCGCUAUGAGCAUGAACUUUACCUACGAGGUCCACCUGGUGGCUGACGGAAAAUUUGGCACCCAAGAGCGAGUGAACAACAGCAACAAAAAGGAGUGGAAUGGCAUGAUGGGGGAGCUGCUGGGGGGUCUGGCCGACAUGAUCGUGGCCCCGCUCACCAUCAACAACGAGCGUGCUCAGUACAUCGAGUUCUCCAAGCCCUUCAAAUAUCAGGGCCUCACCAUCCUGGUGAAGAAGGAAAUCCCCCGCAGCACUCUGGACUCGUUCAUGCAGCCGUUCCAAAGCACGCUGUGGCUCUUAGUGGGCCUGUCGGUCCACGUGGUGGCAGUGAUGCUCUACCUAUUAGACCGCUUCAGCCCGUUUGGAAGGUUUAAAGUCAACAGCGAAGAGGAGGAAGAAGACGCCCUCACCCUUUCCUCGGCCAUGUGGUUCUCGUGGGGAGUCUUGCUCAACUCUGGGAUCGGAGAAGGAGCCCCGCGCAGUUUCUCAGCGAGGAUUCUGGGAAUGGUGUGGGCGGGAUUUGCCAUGAUCAUCGUGGCCUCGUACACCGCCAACCUGGCGGCCUUCCUGGUGCUGGACCGGCCUGAGGAGCGCAUCACUGGCAUCAACGACCCCAGGCUUCGUAACCCGUCAGACAAGUUCAUCUAUGCGACGGUCAAGCAGAGCUCGGUGGACAUCUACUUCCGGCGCCAAGUGGAGCUGAGCACCAUGUACCGCCACAUGGAGAAGCACAACUACGAGAGCGCCGCUGAGGCCAUCCAGGCCGUGCGAGACAACAAGCUGCACGCCUUCAUCUGGGACAGCGCCGUGCUGGAGUUCGAGGCGUCCCAGAAGUGCGACCUGGUGACCACAGGAGAACUUUUCUUCCGCUCGGGAUUCGGGAUCGGAAUGAGGAAGGACAGUCCCUGGAAGCAGAACGUGUCCCUUGCUAUUCUCAGCUCUCACGAGAAUGGCUUCAUGGAGGACCUGGACAAGACGUGGGUUCGAUACCAGGAGUGCGACUCCAGGAGCAACGCUCCCGCUACCCUGACCUUUGAGAACAUGGCAGGUGUGUUCAUGCUGGUGGCGGGCGGCAUCGUUGCUGGAAUCUUCCUGAUCUUCAUUGAGAUUGCGUACAAGCGCCACAAGGACGCUCGCAGGAAGCAGAUGCAGUUGGCGUUUGCUGCCGUCAACGUGUGGAGAAAGAACCUUCAGGAUAGGAAAAGUAGAGCAGAGCCCGAGCCCAAAAGCUCUUUUAGGUCCAUCACUGCGACCUCCGACCUCAAACGGCGUCGGGCCUCCGUGGACGCCACGCCGUACCCGACCGACAUCACUGGACAGAUCAACCUAUCAGAUCCCUCGGUCAGCACCGUGGUCUGAACGCUUGCCGCCACGCAGAUGUGCUUUUCUUUUGGUAGCUCUUGGUAGUGUUUGUGGUUCCUGUCAUUUAUCAAAGGGGCGGAGCCUGUGGGGCAGGAAGUAAAUCAUGUAGUGUUGGUGUGCUGACUGAGUAGAUAUUUGUCUAUUUUUGUAUUCAUUAACUGAGCAAUAAAUGAAAAGUCUAAUGAGCUUUGUAGAAUAUAUACAUCUAUAUUUUAACGUCACUGCCCACAAACUCUGCCCCCCCCAGUCCCAUGGCAUGAUGUCAUCACUAAUGAUGUCUUCACAUGUGUAUGAUGUCUAGCUGUCUACCUCCACCUGCCAAUCAACGCAAAUGCUAUGUUAGCUUAGCGUGUUGCAAUGAUUUUACUCACUUUGUCACGGUUCUUACUAGCGUUGAGCAACAUGUAGCAUCAAAAAGGGCCAAUGUUUAGUUAGCAGCUAAUGUUAGCGUGUGUAGCUAGUUUGUGGACUGGGACCAGUAGCGUCUUUGCUAAUACUGAGCUGCUCUCCGUGUACAUAUGUGGCUAAUGCUAAUUUAUGCUAAUUCAGCCAGUGCACACGCGACAAUAUUUGCCCUUGUUGUAAUGUUGUUUUUCUGAUUCUGAUUGUGCUCAUUUAGCGUGCUACUUUGAUAGUUGUCAAAUGUACACCUCGCCCAUCGACCAAUCAAAUGCUUUGCUUGCCAUUUACCCUCUUCUAGCAAAGACUUCAAGGAUUCCUUACACACCAGCCAGGACUAACUUUAGACCUGGUCCAACCUUAGAUCAGGACUAACUUUAGACCUGGUUCAACUUUGAAACAGGUUAAAACUUAGACCAGGACUAGGUUUAGACCUGGACUACAGAAGAUGCGUCUGGUUUUAAGACUGGUUGAGUUUUAUGUAAAGAAUUCUCGUACUGUUUGAUGUAUUUUAUAAGAAAUGAUUGCAAUGUCUGUUGUUAAUACAUUAUUAUUAUUAUGUGUACAUUUGUUAGUACAUUAUUAUUAUCAUCAUGUGUACAUUAGUGUACAGUUGAAACUAAGCUAAGCUAAGCUACCUACAUUUCCCACAAUGCACUUCUCACCAACCUUUGCUUGUUGUCACAAACUGUUUCCUCCAUGCUGAUGUAGCAACGCCUGUUAGCCUCAGCUAAAGGGGCGUCAUUGGUGAUGUCAUCAGUCAGUGACUGACGUGCUGUAAUGCUAACGAGCUGAUGCUAACGCGUUACCCGAAUGGAGCCUGACGGUGACGUCAUCGCGAUGUCGUAUUUGCUGUGUGCACGUCAUCACGAAGAAGGCGGGCCACUUCUCCUGCCGGUUUUCUACUUUCUGUCACGUGUUGUCAUGGCUGCAUGCUAGCGGACCGACAGGUCAAUAAAUUCAAUGUCUUGCUCUCA